CCACAACACACCCUCGUGGUUAUUUGGAUGCUGUUUGUGGACGUUCGAGCCCUUCGUGUUUAACCUAGAAGAUUUAUGUUUCUAUAACGUGUAUUUUCUACCAUUUUAUCGGGGACUUUUCAACCGAGCUGAUAAAAGCCAAGGCUCUUUUGUCCAGUUGUGGGCGUGUUUAAAUUGAUUCGGGAGCGUGGCAGCCGCUCAAGAACAACAACACAAACAAAAACAACUGCUCCGCUUCCGGUUUCUGGAUGUAGCUGUCAGACCCCAGCAUCAUAUUAACUGGGAACUGCUUUAUCAGCAGGUCGGGGACUGCGCCAGGUUAUUUGGGAUUGAUAAUAGUCCACUUUCCUGCUGUAUUCCAACUCCCGGGCAGUUAAAUAACACACACUGCUGGCAGCUGCGGUGUUAGUAUGAGUGAAGGAGAGGUGUUUCAUGAGAAGCAACGACUGGAGCUGUGUGCCAUUCAUGCUCUGAACAACGUGCUCCAGGAGCGGGUGUUUACCAAGGAGACAGCCGAUGACAUCUGUAAACGGCUGGCUCCACAGUGUGUCGUGAACCCCCAUCGGUCAGUGUUAGGCACAGGGAACUACGAUGUUAAUGUCAUUAUGGCGGCCCUACAGAGCAGGGAGCUCGCUGCGGUCUGGUGGGACAAGCGGAGGACGGUCGAGAGCCUUUGCACGUCGAAGGUCCAGGGCUUUAUUCUUAACGUCCCCUCACGGGUAUCUCUGGGAAUCGUGUCCCUCCCCCUUCGCCGGCGGCACUGGCUCGCAGUUCGGCAAGUUAACGGACAGUACUACAACCUGGACUCCAAACUGAAGAGCCCCGUCUGCAUCGGAGGAGAUGCAGAGCUACGUGCAUUUCUCAGCGAGCAGCUUUCUCAGGACGUGGCAGAGAUGCUCCUGGUUGUCCGACGCGAAGUGGAGGAGGACGGCUCGUGGCUGAACUCUGAAAACCCCAUGAAGUGAUACUGUUUCGAGGCAUUGAGACAGAAAAACAAAACAAAAAACGUUCUGGACAUUUUUUUAAACACCUCAUCAAAGAAACAUCUUCAGGGAAUGCACUAAAAUACAUGUAAUAUCUAUACAAACACACACAGGUAAUCCCAAAGAGGCAGAAGUUUACUCCUGAAAUGAUGAAGGUUUUGAUUGUAACAGUUUUUAAAGCUCUCCCUCUGGUUUGAUCCCUGUCACUGCUCUUUCCAUCCUUCUCCUGGAACAUUUAGUUAGAGGGAGUAAAGCAUUUACAGCGAUGUAAGCAAGUUUUAACACUCAAGUCGUGACAAAUUACUGAAAAGUUUAUAGUUGUGUGUUGAAGCAACAGCUGCCUUCAGUGGCUUGAGACACCAUCAUCUCAGACUUAGAUCGUUAUGAACUCUACAAUGGGUGGAUGAAGAUGUGUGGUUUAAGCAGCUGCUCCACCUCCCCCUUUAUCUGUAACCUUCUAUGCACUAAGUGUGUCUGUGCGAGCUCACACAGACACAGAAACCAUGAUGCCAUCACCUGGGGUCGGUACAACAGAGCAGGCUUUGUGCUUAGUGAGGGCACAAGCAAGUGUGGUUCAUUUCCUAUUUCAAUGCACCACUGUGGUACUUAAUGCGAGACGAGGAGAGUUGAACCUUUUCCAGUUCAGUACUUGUUUUCAGUUCGCUCACCACUCAAAGGCCAGUGGAUUCUUUUGGAAAACCAAUUCAAAAAACGUAUUCUCCCUGUCUAAAAACCUCUGGGCUUUCCUGACAAGUGGUGAAGAGAUGAUAUAGACCCCAAGUGAAGGAAAAUGGAAGAGUCUCCGCAUUUAAAUCCGAUCCAGUGAAGCAUAAACUCUGUUGUUGCAGCUGCUGAUAUUUAAAGUCCCCUUGCAGGAGUUAAUCACCUGCUAAAUUAUACAUAGUUGAAAGCAAGUGGAAGAUCAGAGGGGUCGAAUAUUCAAAUUAGCAAAAAUCUUUUUUCUGCUAUUUCAGAAGCGCACCGCUGGUUCGGCUUGGCAGGAGCCUCUCGGGGCCCCGGGCCAGGAGCUUAUGUGUGCUGGCUUUUCAUUUCAUUGACUCCUCACAGGACGGCCGAAAAGCCCCAUUAAUCAAGUUGUCAAGAUGGAUUCUUUUAUGUAGAAAAUGGAGCAUGUCUGACCUCACCUCUCUGAAACUGUAGGUGGCGCUGUGCGAAUAGCUUAGGCCGAGGAUGCAUUAACACGGUUCAAAUGGAUUUUUUUUAUGGUGAGGCGAGACUUUAAAACAAGAUGGUAGUUUCACAGUGUGUUUUCGUCAAAGACACAGGGGCUAGUGGGCGCUUUUCCCCAUAAAAUGUCCUGAAAUGUUUUAUAGAGUUCACUUUUGCUGCAAAAAUCCUAGACAUAGUUUCAGGUUGAAUAUUUAUUCCAGCAUUACACUAGAAAGAAGGAGGCUAUUGUCACAAGGGUAUUCCAUAUAUAUCCCUGUAGGCCUUCGUUUCUCUUUUAGGUAUCAGAAAUGGGCAGUUUUUUUUUUUUUUUACAUCCAUGUUUCGAUGGAUGGUGCAAGCCAUGUAAGUUGAGAGGCGGCAUUGUGAGCCAUGUGUUGCAGUGAUUUCAGAUGUUUGUGAAGCCAGAGAACCGAAAGUUAACCCUGGAUGUUUUGAACCUGCUUGUGCGUACAGGCCCCAGUCGAGCCAGCCAGCUCUACCCAGUGUGUGGAUAUUCUUAGGUCCGUUUUUGUUUUUCUUUUUUGUUAACAUCAGUAUACAGUGGACCCUGUCGUACAUCACACCGGACACCCAUUUUCCUAAUUGAGUGGUGUAGUUUAAAGAGAAACGAGGCUGUGAGGAUUUAAUGUUGAUCAUGACUGAUGAAUCCGAGUUCCAGUGUGUUUUCAUCUCCGAGAAAAUCUGCAGGAAUGUACUCUGUCCUUAAAACAUGCAAAAACACUGGUUUUGUGACUGUCUAUGUUUGUAUUUUUGUCUUGCCUGUUAAACUAUGCAUAUUGAGGAGGCUCCAAUCCACUCUAGUGACUAACUUACACCCAAACCGGUAGCUCAGAGACUCAUGUCGAUGCUUUAUGAUAUAUUAAAUGUGGACAUUUUGUUUAAAGUGUGGAUUUUUUUUCUGCCAGAUUUCUCAAGUGUGUACGUGUGCGCGUGUGUUAUUGACAUCAAAUAGAAUUUCAGAAACAAUGAAGCCCA